CAUUGAUACGCACAUUCUAAAUAAAACGUAUUUAUAUUUAGAUGUGCAUUUAAAAAAAAAAUAAAGGCCGCAGACCGCGGUCGUAGAAUCGUUACUUUAGGGAGCGAUAGCCCAGGGCGCUAGACAGAAAGGGGCAUCGUAAAAAUCUCGCCCAGGGCGUUAACAGAUUCCGCUAACUUUUACCUUUUCUGAAUAUCAAAUCUCAAAUUAAAGUAUCUCUACUUAUCGUCAUAUCCUAAAUGACGUUACCAUUUGUAAUUUGACUACAACGAAUGCAAGCGUUGAUACAACAAACAAAGAAAACAAACAAACAAACGCACAUGACAUCAGUCGAGCAUUUUGUGUGCAGUCUGUACCGCUAACUGGAAUCAUGCGUACUGGAUAUCUAGCGGAGGGCCGGGUGAUGGGUCGCCGGUUUGUUCUAACAUUGGUGAUUGGGAUCUCUGCUGGGUUUAGUUUCGCGUACAUACUGCUAACCUCUUCUGGAUUCACGAGAGAGGUCGCUUGGUACACCCCUACGAACAGGGAGGCAGCUAGAGAUCUCGACAAGCAUCCGUUACCCAGUAUAAUAGAACACGGUAGCGAGGAACCGGUACACAGAGAUGAGGACAGAUCGAUUGCCGAGGAGAUGUCGCGGCGAGUACGCGUGCUGUGCUGGGUGAUGACGCAGCCCAGCAACCAUGAGAAGAAGGCAGCGCAUGUUAAAGCCACGUGGGGCAAGCGGUGUAAUAAACUGCUGUUUAUGAGCACAGUUGAAGAUAGUUCGCUGCCAGCAGUGAAGUUGCCAGUAGAGGAGGGUCGGGAUCACCUCUGGGCUAAAACCAAAGCUGCCUUCAGAUAUGUAUACGAACAUCACCGGAGAGACGCAGACUGGUUCCUCAAAGCUGAUGAUGACACGUACGUUGUGGUGGAGAAUCUUCGCUACAUGCUCGCAGACUACGACAGCAACGAGCCGAUGUACUUUGGUUGUAGAUUCAAGCCUUUCACAUCUCAGGGGUACAUGAGCGGGGGCGCGGGGUACGUGCUGAGCCGCGGCGCGCUGGAGCGCUUCGUGCGGCGCGGCCUGCCCGCCCCGCACCUCUGCAAGCCCUCCGACCACGGCGCGGAGGACGCAGAGAUGGGUAUCUGUCUGGAGCACAUCGGCGUGAAAGCGAUGGACUCCCGCGACUCGCAGCGCCGCGGCCGCUUCUUCCCCUUUGUACCCAAACAUCAUCUCUUCCCCAACAAGGAUAAAAACUUCUGGUAUUGGCAGUACAUAUACUACCCCUCUGAUGAGGGUCUAGACUGUUGUUCAGACCACGCGGUGUCAUUCCAUUACGUAAACCCCGAGGAGAUGUAUGUAUUAGAUUAUUUGAUAUACCAUUUGCGGCCGUAUGGUAUACGACUGGGCGCCGGGGAACUGCCGCGCAUACUGCGCAAUGACACCACCACCGUUGACACUCAGUAACUGUUAACACUAACUAU